AUGUACUUUAGGGGAUCAAAUUAAAUGGCUAUCAACAUUAUCAAUUUGCGAGGAAUGGAAUUUUUCGAUUCAACAAAUACAAUUAUUUUAUUGUACUCAUUUAGAUUAUUUCAUCUUCUCAAGAGUUGA